AUUUAAAUGAAGAAAUAGAUUUUAUUAUUGAUUCAGAAGAUGUUACUGAUAUAGCAUCAGAAGUUGUAACAGAUCAUGUUACAACAAUUGAACAAAAAAAUAUCCACAAUGAAGUAAAUUCGAAUACUUUGAGUAAUAUUCAAGAAAUCAAAGAAAUUGAUUAUUUUGAUUUUGAACAAAUAAAUAAUGAUGAAGUUCUUUUAAUUAAUAACAAUUUAGAAAUUACUAACGAAUCUACAUCGAAAGUUAAUAUUAUAGCACCAGCGCAAGGUAAAUGUCCGUUACCGUGGCAUUGUAUUGAUGACUUAGAUGAGUUAUGUUUUCCAAAAAUUUUCGUAGGUCAUCAAAUGGAUUUAUCUGGAAAAUUAACUCAAAGAAAAAUAACUUAUACAGAGCGUAUUAAGUCAGAAGUAAGACGUUAUGACCGUCGAUCGUGUAUUCCAUCUCGAAUAUUGUUUAUGGCGAAGAAAAACUUGGAAAAAAAUUGUUUAUCAAGUAUUAAUAUAUGUUUAAGAAAAACUAUGAAACAUUUUAAUACAAAUUUAAAAGCUGAAGAUGUAUUAAAUUCCAAUAAAAUUAAUGAAAUUGUUAAGUUUGAUGAUGGAUUUCGCAUGUUGAAAUGCAUAAGAUCUUCUCCAGCAUAUUGGGAACAAAAGAAAAAAGAAUUAUUAGCUAUGAUACGCCAAUUAGGCAAACCAACAUUUUUUUUAACGUUAUCCGCUGGUGAAACGCAUUGGCCUGAAUUACUUCAGACCAUCAUGAAAUAUAGCCUGGAUGGUCGUACAUUAAACUUAAAAGAUAUAUUUGAAUUAGAUAAAAAUACUAAGACUAAAUUGAUUAGAAAUGAUCCAGUUUCUUGUGCUAGAUAUUUUGAUCAUAAAUUAUGAACGCGUAGAGUUUCAACAACGUGGUAGCCCUCAUGAACAUAUUUUAUUGUGGUUGAAAGAUGCACCUAAAUUUGAUCAAAAUGGUAGCAAUGAUACACUUAUUGAUUUUAUUGAUAGAUUUCUUACAUGUGAAGACGAUGUCAAUAACCCAUAUAUAAAAUUUCAAAUUCACACACAUUCACAUACUUGUUAUAAAGGAAAGCGAGAUAAAAAAUGUAGAUUUCAUAUACCUUAUCCAGUCAUGAGAAAAACAAUGAUUUUAGAGCCGCUUAGUGAUAGUGAAAUAGUACACAAACCUUAUAAUGCAAUUCAUGAAUUAAUGUGUAAAUUUUAUAAUACGAACGAAUUAGUUUCAUAUGAAGAUGUAUUGAAAGCAUUAUAUAUGACUGAAGAUGAAUAUAUUUUAGCAAUACGUAGUACUUUGAAACAAAGACGAAUUUUUUUAAAAAGAACAAGUGCAGAAAUACGUAUAAAUGCGUAUAAUAAACAUAUUUUACAAUUAUUUGAAUCGAAUAUUGAUUUGCAAUUUAUCCUUGAUGAGUAUGCUCUUAUAAGCUAUGUUACAAAUUAUAUUAGUAAAAUUGAAGGCGGCUUGUCUAAACUAUUGAGAGAUGCUGCGCAAGAUUGUGAUGUUGGAAACAAAUCUAUAAAAGAAAAACUUCGCACCCUUGCAAAUGUAUUUUUAAAUAGUAAUUUAAUGUCUGCUCAAGAGGGUGUGUAUCAUGUUUUAUCGAUGCAACUAUCGAAAAAGAGUCGAAAAUCUGUAUUUAUAAAUACGAGCCCAAUAGCAGAACGUGUUUUAAUGUUGAAAUCAGAAAAAGCAUUGAAAUUGUUAGAAGCAAAUUCUACUGAAAUUUAUAUGCCUGAUAUUUUUGAAAAAUAUAGUAAAAGAGAAUUAAAUCUUGAUAAUAUUUGUUUAGCGGAUUUCGCAGCUAAUUAUAAUAUGAAUAAAACAAAAAAAUUGAACAGUAAUGAUGAUGAGAUUAUGGAUAUCGAUAAUUGUGAUAAAAAUAAUACAAAACGUCAAAAAUCAGCAAUUAUUAGAUAUCGAAGGUAUAAGCUGGAACAAGAUCCAGCAAAUUAUUAUAGAGAGCAAAUAUUACUAUUCUUGCCGUGGAGAAAUGAGAAAUCAGACAUUGAAAAUGAUAAAUAUGAAUUAAUUUAUAAUGAAAACAAGGAAAUUAUAAUAAAAAAUCAAGCAAUGUUUUCAAUAAUUAGUGACAAUGAAAUUGAUUGUGUAUUAGAACAAGUUCAAAAAGAUAAUGAUUUUCGGGAUGAUAUUAAUGGAAAUGACGGAUGUGAAUCAUUUAAUGAUCAAAAUGUCGAUCUUUUUCAACAAGCCGGUGAUGAAAAAGUAAACAAGCAAAAAAUUGAUUCAUCGGUACAGAAAGUGCGAUACACAAGCCCACCUAGAGUAUCAAAAGAAAGUUUGUUAGAUAUGAUGAAAACAUUAAAUACGAAGCAGAGACAAAUUGUUAUACAUGUCUACAAUUGUUUUAAAACUGGUAGCACUCCAUUCAGAAUAUUUCUUAGUGGAUCAGCUGGUGUUGGUAAAAGUACUGUCAUCAAUACCUUAUUUCAAUUGAUAACUAACUAUUUUGAUGAACUACCUGGUGGAGAUAAUGAUCAAAUAAGAGUAUUAUUGUGUGCUCCGUCCGGUAAAGCUGCAUUCUUAAUCAAUGGUGUAACAUUGCAUUCUGCAUUUUCAUUACCUUGCAAUCAAUAUGGUGUGAAUUUGCCAAAGUUAUCUGAUAAUACGGCAAACAAUAUACGAUAUUAUUUAGAUCAUGUUGAAUUAUUAAUUAUAGAUGAAAUUUNGUACGUACCGGAAGAUCUCACACUUAAACCAAAAGUGCACGUCAUCAACGCUGCAAAAAUUUCAACUUUCGAAGGGAUACUAGGAAACGACUUCCUCGAAUCGCAACAAACCGAAAUCAAAUACAAGGAGCAAUAUGUCAAGAUACAGGACAAGAAGCUAAGCGAAACGGUCAUACAGAUCAACGUUAUCUAUAGGGUAAAAGAAGGCGUGACCCAGGCUACACAAUUCGCCGAACACAUUUUACUAUCUAGUGCCAUGGCCACUGUGAAUGAUAACAAGAAGGCUCUUUGCACGGUCAUCAAUACCAGCGAUUCAGAAGUCACCAUUCUGUAA